GGGAGGGGGUGGAGGAGGCUGUCAGGGGUUCUCUGGGAGACUUUGCAUCUUCCAUCCUCUUCUCCAUUCAUCCCUCCACCACUCCACACCCCUCUCCCCCAGUCUUGCCUCACUAGGCCUGGCUGGAAGGAUGAAUCCCUGCGAAGAGGCUCUCUCCAGCUUGCUCCUGGAGGAUGUCAGGCAGAGGCUGCGGAAAGCGUUCAGGGGUCCCGGGACGGCUUCGGCCCCACAAUCGUCAAGGUUGACAGCAAAUCAGGACAGAGGGAAGAGAACCGUGGCUGUCCAGGAGGAGCUGCGCAGGGCACACAUAGAGGGAGCCAUUGCCUGGCUGCGAGUAGAACUGUUGGAGAUGAGGUCUCAGAACCACCAGCUUGCCCAAACCCUGCUGGAUUUAAGCACAGGCAUACAGAGGCUGAGAAAUGAAACUGAGAUGACGGCGCCUCUAGAGUCGAAGACCCUGAGCAUCGCUGAAGGCCAGGAAUAAUAAAAAAAACUCACCUGCUCUUCAAGGCAUACAUUGUGAAAAUGCAACAUGCACAUCUUGUCCGGAUGGGAACAUUUUUAUGUCACUCAGUUAGAUCCAAUGUGGAGGCUGGAUGUGUGACUUGAAUAUGCCACACACCCCUUAAAGCAGGGGUGUCAAACUCGCGGCCCUCCAGAUGUUCAUGAACUACAAUUCCCAUCAGUCCCUCCCAACACGAGCAUUGGCUAUGCUGGCAAGGGCUGAUGGGAAUUGUAGUUCAUGGACAUCUGGAGGGCCGCGAGUUUGAUAUCUGUGCCUUAAAGGAAAACCUCCAGUUAAUUUGGGAGGGAGGUAUUUAAGAAUUCGGUGCUGAAGCUAACCUUGGAGUCGCAACCAAAGUGAGGCCCACUUUUCAAACAGCUGCAAAUGUAAUCUGCAUCGGUUUCAUUCCCCUUGGCAGCCAGAAUUUAUCCCCAAUUUCUUGGAUCACCCAUUAACUGCAAUUUUCAAGCAUUUCAAUGUUUUAUGUUGCAUACCAGAAAAUGAUAACUGCUAUGGAAUGUUUCAUCUUUUAGAUUUGUUUUUACAUGUCUAAUAGUAUUUUAGGUUUUAUGCUAGAGUCAGUUAAAUUACAGGGCUGAUGUUGAAUAAUGAAUGCACCACAUAUUGGGGCUGAAUGCAAAGCAAAUUCAAUGGGCCCAAACUAUUAAACCUUCAACUAUU